UAGUUCCUGUGUAAGUGAAGAAUGGGCGGGGCGCGACGGGAAGGUAGUAGAGCUGCGUGAAGUGCUGUCAGCUGGUGCCAGAGAGUGAGUGGGCAGGCAGUGCUUAGACGAAGCGAAGGGAACUGCUGCGUUUUGGUUUCAUCGUCGCGACAUGAGCCAAGUGAUGGACCUGCGCCACUGAAGACUAGGUGCCUUUAUCUGACAUUAUUUGAAACAAAUUCAAGUAGUGCCAUGACAGUGUGAAAGAAAUCUGCAUGUUUGAUUUUGCAAGCUACCAGCAGUCUGGAACCUAUAUCUCAUUCUUUCCCAGUGUUACACUGUAAAGGGGACAAAAGAAUAAGCAGAAUCAGCUAUGGAAUCUCUUCAUGUUCCAGUUGGAAAUUUAAUAGACCUUGAUUCAGAACCCUUGGUUGUGGUACCAGCCUGUCCCCUCCAGUUGGACUCAGACGAUCUCCUAGAGUUGCAUGAAAACACUGCAGAAAGAGGGGACAGAGAUGAUGAAGAGGAGAGUGAUGCCACAGAAUCUGCAGACAGUGAGAAUGACAUGGUGGGAUCUCCUAGCCGUCAUUGUUGGAACCACUCACAGAGAUCCUCCUCUGAAUCUUUCUCAUCAAAUCAAAGUACAGAGUCUGCCCGUGAUGAGCUGAUGUCUGAACAGCGAGAAUUUGUGAGGAAAUACGUUGAAAAAAUCUUUGAAGGAGGGGAAGACAUGGAGCAGGAAGAAAAGGCCCGCUUUGGGGAGCUGUGCAGUACAGAGAAUGGCAAGGGAAGGGAAUGGUUUGCUCGAUUUGUCAGUGCCCAGCGCUGCAAUUCCAAGUGCGUCUCAGAACACACCUUCUAUCGGCUUGUCCAGUCUUUUGCUGUAGUGCUGUUUGAGUGCCACCAGAUGGAUGAUUUCGGGCCUGCCAAGAGCUUGAUGACUAUGUGCUUCACUUACUGUUAUAUAGGUAGAGCACACGUUCCUCCCACAGAGUCACGAGAGAAACCAGUGAGCACAGGGAGCAUUGAUGCAUAUCUGAAGUCUGCCAAUAGCUGGCUGGCUGAAAAAAAGGACAAUGUGGAGCGCCUCUUGAGGACCACAUCAACCACAACAGAAAACAUGAAGGAAUUCUUUGAGGGGUUGGAGAGCAAACUGAAGGGACCACUUUCUAAAAAAGACCAAAGUGAGAACCACACAAAAGAGAAGGUUUCUGAUAACAUCUCCCUUCAAAGUCCAGAAGAAAAGAAAGGAGAGAAUAUAUACCUUUACACACACCUGAAGCAGCAGCCUAUCUGGCACACCCUACGUUUCUGGAAUGCAGCAUUUUUUGACGCUGUGCACUGUGAGAGAAGGAAGAGAUCUCCCACUACUAGAGAGAAUGCUGGGGAGGAAGAGGAGGAGAGAGAUAAGUGGUCUCAUAUGACCCAAGAAGAGCGGGAUGACAGUCUUCAGUUCAAUGAGAACAUUGCGUUUGGACAAUUGGGCACAUUCACACACAACAUGUUGGCAUUUGGGUUAAGCAAGAAAUUAUGUUAUGACUUUCUGAAGAAGCAAGCAGUGAUUGGAAACCUGGAUGAAGAAAAAUUUAAGCAGCUCACUGACCAUAUUGACCAAAUGGCUGUGGAGUAAUCCUGUAGCAAGCAACCUUCCUGCCUAUUCCAGUAUUGAAACACUAAAAAGGAAGAGUGAACUUGCAAGAAGCAAAGGGCACCUGCCAUUUCAGUGGAAACAGAGUGGACACAACUGUAUAUAUUUUGCAAGAAAUAGUGUAUAAAGUCUCUUGUCUACAUAUGGAAAUCAGAGUAUUUAUUGUAGGUAGCCUGUGUACUCACUGUAUAGUGGGGUGGUAACGACAAUGUGAAACCGUGUUUGUGAGAGAAACAAUUCUUUAUUUUUGUAUAGCCAGAGAAGCUUUUUAAACUUGUUUUCUUGCCAAAUCAGCCUGUGUUGUAUUGCAGCAGCUUCUUACUAAAAGAGGGCUGAUCAUGUAAUAUAUAUUUGUAUUGAUAAUUGUGCUAAUGGAGAAUACAUGUUCUAUUUUUCUGUGCAUAGAUGUUUUAGGCAAUAAGGGGCUCAUCCACAUAUAUGUGUGUCAUGUAAAGAUGGCCCUUUCUCUGAUUUAAGAAAAGAAAUAAAAUAUAUAUUUAGAAAUAAUAUAUGACAAGAUAGAGUAUAUGCAGGGAGGGCAUACAAUUAUAUCAGCAAUAUAUGUCCUGGAAUUAAAGGGAUAGUGCAAGUAGAUUAUUUCUUUUCCCACUUUGUCCAGUCUUCCUGGUGACAAUUUCUGUAGGACAAAUGGAAAGCACCUCUUAUGACGAACAUGCUAAUUACAUUUGAUAUAGACGCGUAUACUGUCUUUGUAGGUAUUAAAAAGUUGACCUAUUAUCUCUGCUCUUCAGUUAGGAUGCUGUGUUAUACUGUUCAUUCUAGGCAGGAUUGUAGCCUUCCACUGCCUUGCAAAAGUAUUCACCCCCUUGGCUUUUUACCUAUUUUGUUACAUUCCAACCUGUUACAGUCAAAUGCCAAUUUUACAUUUUCCAGGGGACUGCAAAAGAAUGAACAUAAAAUCUGUGAAAAUGUAAAUGGGGGUAUGAAAAUGUUUUUUUCCUGUAAAUAUUAUAUAAACCAAUACCCUAAAACCGCAAAAGAAAAGUCACGUCCAGGUAAAACCUUUUUCUAAAUUUAUUUAAGGAAAACAGGGCAAAAUUAUGAUGUCUAAAGUGGGAAUCUAGGAAAUGCUCCCAUUGAAAUGCAUAAGAACAUGAAGGGACUGUAAAAAAAAAAAAAAGCAAAAUUACGUUACUUAAAAUCGGGGUUUGAUUGUAGCUGCUUUCAUCAACUUGUGUUGUUAGCACCAAAUCAUAGCACAGCAAUGUCACUCUGUAUCAUGUAAUGCUUUGGGGGCAUGUUUUAUUCCUGUUGUAGAACAAGAGUAUUACUACUGAAUUAUAUUGUGCAACUUUUUGAAACUGUUCAGUUGUUAUUUUGUACAUCAUACAAUUAGUCAAGCAGUAAGAAUUGGUUUUACAGCAUACCUGUUCUGUUUGAGUUAUCAGUAUUAAUAUUGUGUGUACAUAACAACAUGUUCCCUGUUUCGCAGACUUUACUAGUUUAUCUUUCUGCCAUAACUGUUCAUUGGAAGUUCAGAAAACAAAUCACCCCUUAAAUGUAAAACAUAUCAAUGUUCGAAUUUGAAGUUUUGCCACAAUUUGUAUUUUUUUUUUGCACAAAAACUCACAAAUUUGAAUUAUAUUUUGAAACACUUUAAUGUCUGGUAUGUAUUAAGCCAAAAAACUCGAAAACUUGAGUGUAAAAAAUUCUAGGUAUUCGAGAGUUUUAAGACUAUAAACUAGAUAAAUUUGAGGACUGUAUUCAAACAAGUUUUUUACAUUCUGAUUUUUUUCAUAAAUAAUCAAAAUUGUGUUUAUUUGAAGUAGAAAAAAGCUCACAUAUUCGAAUUUCUGAUAAAUAAGCCCAUAAUAUUGCCGUUACUUACUUUAUCGAGCAAUUUAGUCUUUAUAUUUUUUUGUCUAUACAUUUGUUUUUGUUUUAUAUACAACCUAAUAAGCAAGGCAGCCAUGUUACAAACAUUCUAAAAGGGACAAUUUAGUCCACAAAUUAUCCUUGCCAAACCCAUAUACAACCCAAUCUUCCCAAAGCCCUGACUAUAUUCUAAUAAACUGUACCCUUUUUUGGAAGGCCGCAGUUAGGGACUGUGCUACCUGGGAUCAAUGGGAGGUAUCCUGUUAUUGCUUAGGGCUCUGCCUUGGAUAUUAUAGCAUCGGCAGCAAUCAGUAGCACCUUUUUACUACCACUAGAAGUGCUGUUAUAUAGAGAAUGGAUAUAUAGAAAUGGAUAGUUAUCUUGCAUAUGCAAAGGCAAAUGCAUUGCUCUCAUCAUUACUAUUUAAAUGACUAUAAGGUGAUAAAAAUACAUAUAAAACGUACCAAGCUGAAUUGCUUGCACUGAAAGGAGCAUGCUUUAAUACCCUGCUGUUUUGCAUAUCAUUCAUUGGCUUUAGAGUAAAUCUAGUUGUAUUUGGUUUGCAUAUUAUUCAUUUGAUCUGGAGUAAAAUUCAGUGCAUUCGCAAAAUCUUCCCACCCUUUCUAUCCACCAAUAUCCCCAGGCCCGGAUUUGUGGAAAGGCCACCUAGGCCCGGGCCUAGGGCGGCAGGACUUUAGGGGGGCAGCAUGCUGCCCAAACACACCCACAUUGGUUCAAAAACACAGGGGAUGCGCUGGAUAUACAAUCAUUUUUUAAAUUUCCCAUGCGCCAAUCCCCAUUGCUCCAGUCCAGAUGAUGAAAAUUUGUACGAAUAAAGGGGAGGGGACAGGAGCAACGAACAGCAGUGGGCGUAGGGGCGCCCACUAUGUAAAUCCGGCCCUGAAUAUCCCUCCUACAUGUAAAUUGAAAUUAAGCACUGAAGCCUUUAACUACAGAAGAAAAAUACUGCAGAAUAAAGUUUUGAUUAUUUGUGCCCAUGUAGCCCCAUAGGUCCAAUUACAGUUGAAAUCUGUACCACCUGUAGCUGCCUUUCUGAUAUUAUUCUGAAUCUAUAGGUGGCUGCCAGAACAGGUGUCAGCUUUAAUGUUAACUGAUAAACUAUUUGCCAAUUAACAAUGUUGUUCGCUUGGUGUAUCUGUUUUGCACCUUAUUGUUUACCUUAUAUGGGUGAUAAAUAUAUGCCAAAACAGUGUGAUAGUUUGGUACAGAGUCUGCUGAGUAUUUGUGGACAUUAAUGGCCUCUGUUUUUGCCUAUAUUGUGUUUGCUGCAUUCCCUCUUAAGUAGAAAAAUCCAUAAUAUGAAAGGAGGCAGAAUUAAGAUUCAUGUUUUGUAUUAUGUAUAAUCUGGCACAAGCAACAAUGUGAAAAAAAAUAAUUUUUUGUCCAAA